AUGCAUCCGACGCAGACCCGGACGGUCAGUCCCCCGCUCCACCACACACUCGGCGAUCCCAUCUCUAAUGCGCCCCCAACAGACGAACCAGAGGCAGGACAGAAGGAGAUAUUCACAUCAUGGGCCCUGUCCAUUCUGAUUAUGCUCCUUAUCAUAGCCCUCUUCACAAGCUACAUACUACACACGCGCAAGAUCCAGGCGGUGCAUGAGACGGUCCUCUCGAUUUUUGCUGGAAUGGUCGUUGGCCUGCUGCUGCGCUUGACAGCAGUCAGUUCCGUGCGAGAUGUCGUCAGUUUCGACUACCAGAUGGAAUUUUUCCGACACAUCGGAACUAUUCUCACCUUCGCCUUUGCUGGCUCAUUCAUCUCCGCCGUAGUUCUGGGUGUCAUCCUGUUCCUGUGGACCAGAAUACCUCUCGAUGGCUUCAAAAUCAACUUCGUCGAGGCCAUGUCCGUUGGCGCCACGCUUUCGGCCACGGACCCAGUGACCAUUCUUGCCAUCUUUGAUACUUACAAAGUAGAACCAAAGCUGUACACUCUCAUCUUCGGCGAGUCUAUUCUCAACGACGCCAUCGCCAUUGUUGUCUUUGAGACGGCACAGAAAUACAAGGACGGCGCUGAACACCUCGGAAUCGGGAGCCUCUUCGAAGCCUUGGGUAUCUUCAUGGGUGUCUUCUUCGGAAGUUUGUUCAUCGGUGUCAUGGUGGGCAUUGGCGUGUCUCUGAUGCUCAAGUUCACCUAUGUUAGACGGUUCCCCAAGACUGAGAGUUGUCUCAUCAUCCUCACCGCAUACUUGACCUACUUCCUGUCCAACGCCAUCCACAUGUCUGGCAUCGUGUCUUUGCUGUUUUGUGGUAUCUGCUUGAAGCAUUAUGCUUAUCACAACAUGUCAAGACGAACUCAAUUAACCACCAAGUUUGUUUUCCAGGUUACCUCGCAAAUCUCGGAGAACUUCAUCUUCAUCUACCUAGGCUUGUCUCUCUUCACCGACGACAAGCUCGACUACAAGCCACUAUUUAUCUUGAUCACCGUGUUUGGCAUUUGCGCCGCUCGCUGGUGUGCAGUAUUCCCGCUUUCAAGGCUCAUCAACUCCGUCACAAGAUAUCGCCAGCGCCGCCGCGGUGACGAGAUUGUAGAAGAGAUUCCUUAUCCCCACCAGGUUAUGAUCUACUGGGCAGGUCUGCGCGGUGCUGUAGGUGUUGCACUUGCCGCAGGACUCACAGGUAACAACGGCGACACUCUGCGAGCCACAGUUCUCGUCGUAGUCGUUCUGACUGUCAUCAUCUUCGGAGGAACCACUGCGCGCAUGCUGGAGAUUCUAGGCAUUCGCACUGGCGUGGUUGAAGAGAUUGACAGCGAUGAUGAGUUCGAUAUCGAAGUCGUUAAUGGCGGCACUUACACACGCAAACAGGGCCAAGCCUAUGGCAACACCCCACGCCCGAACCAAAAUGGCUUCUCACUCAAUAAUGUCAACGGACCAGACGCCACGUACUCUAGUGGAUCAGCUAGUCGCAGCAGCCCACCGACACGACCCAACGGCGCUAUGCGACGCAAUUCGAGCCACCCACGUGCCAAAGAUGGCGCAGACCAAAAUCUUCUCAGCCCCGCCGAUAGUGGCUCUGCUGACGAGGACGAUAUCGAUCUUGAUCUUCCACCCAGCGCACGCCGCUCGCCCAACCGCGGUCCGUCACCAUUGUUGGGAGACCCAUCACCGUACCCGACGUCCGGUAUAAGACCGGUCGGCACUGCAGAGGGCUCGAGUAGAGUCGCGACUGCCACAGGUGCAGUGAAGCAGCUGUUCAACGAGAUCAGUCACGAUCCCGCGAACGCUUUCAAGCAGAUUGAUGAUGGUUUCCUCAAACCACAUCUGCUGCUCGACCAAGGGAAAGGCCCAGGUCCGGGUAAUGUUUGA